AUGAAGAGAGAGAAAGGCAUUGGUAGACAUGCUACUGGAGCAGUUGACGAAGAAGGAUUUGUCUCAUUCACGGAUCAAGCUUUGUUGUACGAUGCUAUGGCGUUGUCAGAUGGAGAAAUCUGGAAUAGAGACGAUCAAAUGUUUAAGGUUCUGCUCUCAAGAUAUGCCGACGAGGAAAAACACUUUCGUGACCAAAGUGCGGAUGCACUUUGCUAUUGGUUGAAAAAGAACAAAGCAAAGACUGUUCGUAUGAAUUGGGGAUGUCCAGCAAAGCCAGUAGAAAAGAUAGCCCUGAAAUGUGGCCUUCGACCUGACAACCUUUGCCUUGCUUAUGAUUCUAUGAAUCUUCCCAAUACGGAGGAAAAGUGGAAUAGCACCUUAUUCAUGUCGAAACAGCACGGCUGCUACAAAUGGCCUCCGUAA